AGAGAGAGAGAAAAAGAAAGAAAGAAAAUGUGUGUGUGUGUUUUUUGUGCAUGCGUCCGGUGUUUAGCAGUGUAGCUGUGCAGCAGCAGCAGCAGCAGCAGUUAGCAGAAGAUGCUCACAGUUAGCUCCCUGCUCAGAAUGGAGGCUCCCACCGGCUGGUACGUGUUUGUUUAACCGGGAGAACCGCUGCUCAGUGCGACACGGACCCGAGGAGAAAUGGCCGGAAUCAUCAAAAAGCAAAUCCUGAAACAUUUGUCCCGGUUCACCAAGAAUCUGUCCCCGGACAAGAUCAACCUGAGCACGUUGAAGGGGGAGGGGCAGCUGUCCAACCUUGAACUCGAUGAGGAGGUUCUGCAGAACAUGCUUGACCUGCCGACCUGGCUGGCUGUCACACGGGUCUACUGCAACAAAGCCGCCAUCAGGAUACAAUGGACGAAGUUGAAAACAAGCCCUAUCUGCCUGUUCUUGGAUAAGGUCGAGGUGGAGAUGAGGACGUGUGAAGAGCCUCGUCCACCCAACGGCCCCUCUCCUAUCGCUAUCACAGCAGGCCAGAGCGAGUACGGCUUCGCUGAGAAAGUGGUGGAGGGCAUGUCUGUUAGAAUCAACUCCAUCACCAUCAAGGUGCAGGCUCGGGCCUUCCACGCCUCCUUUGAGCUCUGGCAGCUACAAGGCAACAGCCUCAACCCCACAUGGCAGCGCAGUGACCUCCGCUACACCCGCGUCACCGACCCAAAGAGAGGAGAGGUUUUGACAUUCAAAGAAAUCAACUGGCAGAGUCUACGAAUCGAGGCGGAUGCCAUUGAGAGUGAUGACCAGGACCUCGGCAGCACCCCGUUACGUCUCAUCACCAACCAGGGACGCAUUCGCAUCGCUCUGAAACGCAAAAUAAAGGACUGUAAUGUGUUGGCGUCCAAGCUGCUCUUCAUUUUGGACGACCUGCUGUGGGUGCUGACCGACUCUCAGCUCAAAGCGAUCAUUCAUUACGCCAAAUCUCUCAGCGAGGCCAUGGAGAAGUCGGCCCAGCAGAGGAAGAGCAUGACCGCUGAAUCCCUGCAGACGUCUCCUCCAUCUCCUGGCCUCCACAGCUUGUGGACGGAGCCCCCGCCUGCUCCGACCGGCACCCCCAACAACAUGAGUCAAUACUUUGAUCUCUACGAUGUUAAGGAGUCUUCGUACCACACAUUCAUAUCCCGCUUGGACUUACACAUAUGCAACGAUAGUUCUUCAAUGGAUGAAGAUGAGCCUCCUCCGGGUUUGCAGGGUGCGAUGCAGCUGACCUUCAGGAAGCUGGGUUUUGAUUACUAUCCCAUCCACAGACCUGCUGAUGGGUGUCGACACUGGGAGCGUCACAGUGGAGCCAUGGAGGCUCAGGCCCAGUGGGCUAGGAAACUGCUGCAGGAGUACCACAGGAGAGUAGAGGCCUCCGGGCUCCCAGGGCCACACACUGAGGGGCCCCGGCCAACCAAGGACUGUCCUGCAAAGCCAGGCCAAGAUGGACAGUCUGACAAAGACCAGACGACCCCCAGGAGCACUGCUCCGACCGGGUCAUCACUGAAGAGGCUGCGGUCGAGCUGCGUGGUGGUCAGGGUGGAUGACGUGGACAUUCACCAGGUGUCUACAAGGGGCCGUCAGAACAAGAAGACCCAGUCUUUAUUGUCCUGUAACCGUAAAGCUUUGCCAGACUGCGUACCAGCAAUUCAUCUGCAGUUCACUGAGUACUACUUUCCUGACAACCCAAGUCUCUCAGUGCCCACCUCGAACCUGUAUGCCCAGUUGAAUGGCCUGCAGCUGUGUGUGGACCCAGCCAGCGUGCUGUGGAUCAAUCUGUUUUCCAGGGGUCUGCUGCACACGCUGGACCAGGUCAAAGCUUUCUACCAUUUGCAAGACAGUAGCAAGGCUGAAGAGCAUCUGGACGUCCGCAUGGAUACAGCUCAGCUUAAGUUGAUCAUUCCCUUGGAUUCCUCCAUACUGGACCAUCCAGAGCGUCCACAGUCUCUAUGCAUUACUGUUCCCCAGAUGGCUCUCAGCAACAGUCGCCUCUGCCCCCAUGGCUCUAGAGCUGACCUCCACACCAUCUAUGACAAGUUUGCCAGCUGCUCUUUCUUCCAACCCACGUCACCCUGCUCUUACCCCAGAGACCUUAGUGCCUUCCACCCCAUCCCCUCGUCCUUCCUCCAUCACUCCCAAGAGACGGAGCCUCAACCUCUAGAGGGAAAGCAGUUACGAUCCCAGGACGUCUGGUCCCUCAGUCUGUCCCGUGUAACCCUGGGUUUUGAUGGAGCUCGGCGAUUCCCCAAAGGCCGGACCCAGCCCUUUGUCGAGCCCUUUGCCGUGUCCGUGUGGAUCUGUCAGCCUGCUGCCUUUAAAAGCGCUUCAUCGUCUUCCUCCUCCAGUCCCAGCAGAGCCCACCAGCCUUCUCCAGAACAGGAACCGGCUUCACUUGCCUCCAUCCACUUCCUGGUUCACACUAACACUCCAGUGAAAUUGUGGCUCAACCACUACCAGUAUGUAGCACUGCUGAGAAUGAAGGAUUCCAUGGCUCGGUUGGGGGCCGAGCUGGGCCGGGAUCUGCGAGAUGUUAAACAGGCACGUGGCCAGAAGACAAACAACCCUGCUUCUGUUUGCGUUGCCCUUCUGGUGGACUCGGCAGAACUAGGUCUCCUGCUGCCACCAGUCAGCUCAGAGCCAGAGGAAGAGGUCCCCCACACUCCAGAGACAGACAGCAUGACAGACUCUGAUAUUUCCCCGAUUCAUCACUCGGCAGAGGGGGUCCUGGAGGACGGUGGGUUGGAAAAUGGCAUCUCCUCUGCGUUUGAUCAGGAUGAACACGUGGAGGAGGCGUGUGAGGCUGUGGAGGAGGGGCCGGAGCAGGGCGGUUUGUCAACACAAGUGGACAAUGCUGUCCUCUCACCCCCCCUGUCACCUGGACACUCCCCUGCCCUCUCCCGCGUGCCGUCCAGCUUUAGCCUGGAAGGAGAGCUGUCAAGCGCCAUUAACGUCACCAAGGAUGCGACUAAAGAUGCCAUCAGUGCCUCGCUGGACCUGACAAAAGGGGCGUUUUCAAUAACAAAAGAUGCAUUUAGCAUCCUGAGUCGUGGCUCGGGGAUGAGCAAACUGUUCAGUCAAAAGGAACAGGUCCAGCGUUCAGAAGAGUCCUCCCCCUCGUUGGCUGCCGGCCUGCGUCACCAACCAAUGAAGCAGUCUCCUUCCCAGCAUUCCUUCGAUAGUGCUAUCUUGGAGGGCAGCCUACCUGAUGAGAAUCAUGUGGAUAGUGACGUCAGCGACAAUUUUGUUAUUCUCAUGGACUCAGAGUCAGGUGUGGAGUCCAUGCGACCCAACAACACUCCACUAGGCAGCCGGGGAAGCCCCGCCCCAGGGACAGAGGGAGGUUCAUCAGCUGACCUCAGCAGCUCCCUGUCCCAAAGUACUGAGGACGUGUCCCAGGACAUGUCUUCGGUGUUGUUACUGAUCAUGAGUGGAGCAGCAUGUACCAUGGAAGUAAAGGGAGAAAACCAAGUUGUGGCUGUGGAAGCCCAAAGCCUGAGCCCUGUGCAGAUGGGCACCGUCAAGGUGUCUGACGUGCUGACUGGGCUCGUACAAGCUCCCGGUGGACCAGUCCAGAACCAGGACAGGCGAGGUGGGUCUCCAGUGGUGCGCAUGCGAGCAGAAAUGGGUCCGUCUGCAGCCCGACACUCUUCCCUGGCUGAGUCUCUGGGGUUCCUGGAUGUGAGAGUGCAGGACUGCCAGGCCGAGUUGUUAGCCUCCACAGUGACUAACAUCGGGCCUUUCCUCGAAGACGAAUUCAGUGUUGAUGGCCAACCGAUGAAGUUACACAUGAGCAACAUCACCAUCACCAUGAAGGAUGACGGCCCUAGAAACUAUCCCACAGCCCCUCAACCUGUCCCAGCCACUUUCAUCGUGGAUCAGCUUCUCCUGGAGCGCAGUGACGAUGGCAUCAUGAGGCUCAAAGCAGGUGCUCCUGUGGCUGGUCCAGACAACACAGACACUUCCUGUGCUGUUCUACAGAAGAGAGAGAGACAGACUCUGGAGUCGCAGCUCUCUGAUGCCCAGGCUGUCCUCACCCAGGCCCUCAGUGACAGAGAGCGCCUCCUUCUGGAACUCAGAAAGUAUGACCCCGCGUUUACUCUCUGACCCCUGAUCAGUGCUGACUGACUGUGAUCAGACAUAUCAGGAUGAAGGUCAGGAAACUUGAAGACUCACGUAAAGACAUGUCAGGGCAUUAGUCAUGUUUGAGAAGAAAAUGAAAGUUGAGGCUUUGGAUCACUUCCCAUUCUAUUAUCAUGCUACUCAUGAGAUAUGAAAAGAGCCCUUAUAAAAACUACUUAAAGGGGAAGCUAGUGGACUAACUUAUAGGUACAUUAUUGGUACUAUAUUUCAACUGGGCAGUGUCGAUAUUCCUCACUGCGUCACUAAACCCAAGUUAUUGUGGUUGUUUCAUUCACUAAUUCAUUAGUGUGGACAGUGAACUCAGUGUGUGGUUUCAGUGUUUGUCACAAAGCAUGCAAGAGUAAACAUCAUCCAGCUUUAAUCCUCUCCACUUUAAUACUAGUGUUACGAAACUGUUGAGUCAGGCACAAGCCAAAACCUCCUCUUCACAUGCACUGACACUGCCAGACAGUCAUCAGUCGCUCCUUCUGCAAAAUACAACACAAGUUACCGUCAAGCAUGCUUUGUGAACAGUGCUAAUUUACACAUAGCACAUUUACAGAUAGUCAUAACGUUAGGCUAAGUGACGUAGAGUUCCUCUGUUUAAGUGUUAAAUACGAUAGAUCCAUGUUUUUUCUUUUCUUUUACAAGUAUUAUAAAAUAGGUAUUACCUGUUGUUGGAGAUGUGAUUUAAUAGGUAGGGAAAUCAAAGCACUUUUUAAUUUAAUAAGAAAAGAAGGAAGAAGCAUAACAACACUGCUUUCAUAGAGAGAGGGAUGUGUCACAGUGUUGUGUUGUUUUAUCACCAGUGGUCACACAAACUUAACAAGUUCUCUCUGUUCUCAGAAAGCAGGUCGACUCAUUCCCCAGUGUUGUGUUAUUCUCCGAGCUGUGAAAGGUUUAUCGUUUUUCUUUUGUACUGUGAAACGGUGCUCGGUGGCAGAAUGUCACGCCUUUCGUCCCCCCCCCCGGCUCUGGAGAGCAGGUUGCACGGUACCUUCAGUAUUGUAACCGGUUUAGUGUUUUCACUCUCUGCUGCGAGAGGUUUGGUAUUUUAGCAAAACCAGACAUAGAAUACUUGACCCUCUUGAAACGUGUUAUUGUAGCUUGCCAGGAAACAAGUCAGACUGCUUGUGUUAUUACCUCUGUACACAUUGAUCAUGUUUAGUGAUCAGACAUGAUGAACUUAAUGCUCACUGUGUUUGUUGUUUUACAUGUGUAUUUAUUUAGAUUUGUCAACGCCUGUGUUUUUGUGCGACCAGAUUGACGACGGUGUAUUGAAGCCAUAUCAAUCAAAGAAGGUGACAUUUUAAAAAGCUACGGUACUGCUUAUACUCACAUACUGUCUUUUUAUGUAUGUUAUCAAACCCACAACAAAAACGGAUAUUUCCCAAUGUUACACCCUGAUCUGAUAGUUUAUCUAUGGGGCCGGUUGCCAGUUCAAAUUUGUCACUUUCCUUUAUUCGUGCAUAAAUCUGUUACAUGCAUCGAUUCAAACAAUGAUUGAUUUGUUCAUCUGUUCAUCAGUGUAACAUUGAUUUCAUGAAUUCUUUCUAGAAAAUGACCUCAUGUCAGUGUCUCAUUCUGUACCCUGGAGACCUCUGGUGGCUGUCUCACCACAGCACUGCUCAUUCAGAAUUCAGUAGUAUUUAUCUUUUUUUCAAUCUGUGGUUGCCUUGCAAGCUAUGAAUGAUAUUUUUCCAUUCUUAAAGAGGAAUGUAAAAUAUUGAAGCAAUAGAAAAGAAAGCUUAGUUUGAACCAAAAACAUGACAACGAACAGUAACACUAUAUGUUUGAUGUUGAAUUCUUAACAUUACUUAUAUCAAAGAAAAUCAAUUUACUCGUCUGUCAGGUUUUUAGUGUUUUUCCCCCUCAACUGCAUGUGGACUCCUCAUCAUCUCCUCAGUCUGUGUAACCAGGCAGCAACUCUGCCCUUGAACCUCAGUGUCACUUGUACUUGUGAUCUUCUCCUCAGCUCUUGGUGUUUUAUGUUUUUGCAUGGCCUCAGUAAACAAACAUGUGGUGGUGGUACGAAACUGAACGUCCCAUUCUGGAUGCGACAUAUGUAGCUGUAGAGUUGCUCACUCCUCUGUCAGGCCUCAGCGAUACGUAGCGUCCCUGAGCUGCAGACAAACUGGUGCUCUGAUACCUGCUGACUUCCUUUUUGCACUCCAGAGCAGGCCAGGGUUUCCAUGACAACUGAACCCUUACCCAGUGUGCCAUGAAAAAAGAUGAGAUGGACGGAGAGGGAAGCAGGACUCACUUCAGGGUGUGUUUCUCUCUCUCUCGGUGCAUGUGCUGAAGUGAUGUAUGUUGUAUAUGCCUCGUGAAUUACUUGCACUUGUGUAGUAACUUCACUGGAAAUUGCACUUGUUUUAAUGUAAAUCACUUCAGAGGACUCCUUGUGAUAUCUUCCUAAGUGGCGCAGAAGUCGCAGCCCCUGUGGACAGUCUUUUUUUUGGCAUUUAUGUAGAAUUACAUUGAAUUUUGUAUCGUCUUUACCACUUCAUCAAGACUAAUAUAAAACUGGUUCUGUGAACCAACGUAUGUGGAACAUAUUUGAAAAAGGUGACAGAAUAAAUGAAUUGCUGAACACUU